AGCUAUCGUGACUGCAUGUUAGUCUCCCCAAGCAGACGUAGACAAUUCCUUCAACCUUCGUGCCUCAGGAUAUCCUUGUCUGACCUGCAGAUGCGCGAGUCACUGCCAUUCUUACGCAUCGCACUCAACGUGAUCACACCUCGGCGAUAUAUCCGUACAUGUAUCGCAAUCCUCUCUUAUCGUGAGACGGAUCCCACCCACGUCCCCGAGGAUUGUCAAUGCAAGCGGAGGCAAGCGGCUCACAUGCCAAACGGGAUGGCGUGUCGAACGCAAGAAGGUAUAAGAAGACGCGGCCAAUGUAAGAGGAGAGUCCCAGACCCACUCUUCACUCCCACCGCGCUGCCUGCGUUCUCUGCACACGACGACGCAUAGUCCAAAGUCUGCUACUAUGGUCGCGGUCCAGCAAGGAAAGGUGCUCGUGACAGGAGCGAAUGGAUUCAUCGCGAUGUGGGUCGUGAAGCACCUGCUCGAUCAGGGUUACAUCGUUCGCGGUACAGUGCGUUCGGAAGGUAAAGCGAAGCAUGUCCGCGAAGUUUUCUCCCGCUAUGGCGACAAGUUCGAGGUGGUCAUAGUCGAGGACAUCACCAAGCCAGGAGCCUUCGACGAAUACGUCAAGGACGUCGACGCAAUCGAGCAUACCGCCUCGCCAUUCCACUUCAAGGCGAAUGACCCAGAUGAGCUUAUCAUCCCCGCGGUGCACGGCACGACACGCAUCCUCGAGUCCGCGCUCGCGCACGGCAAGAACGUCAAACGCAUCGUCAUCACUUCCUCCACCGCCGCCGUGCUCACCGUGCAGAGCACACCGCGCACCUUCACUGAGGCAGACUGGAACGAUGGAGCGAUCCAGCUCGUCCGCGAGGAGGGUGCAAAGGCACCGAACCCUAUGAAGUACCGCGCGAGCAAGACGCUUGCGGAGAGGGCGGCUUGGGAGUUCGUGGAGAAGAACAAAGGGACGCUGGGCUGGGACCUUGCCGUAGUGAACCCGCCAUACGUAUUCGGUCCCGCCAUUCAUGAAGUCGGCGCCCCCGAGGCACUGAACGAGAGCAUGUACGACUGGUUCCACACCGUGUUCAAGGGCUCGAAGACCAAAGAACAGCUGUCCUCGAUUGGAUCGUGUUGGAUCGACGUCCGCGAUCUGGCGGAGGCGCAUGUCCUCGCGAUUAAGAAGCAGGAAGCAGGGGGUGAGCGGAUCAUGGUCUCGCAAGGACCCUACAAGUGGCAGGACUUCGUGGACGCUGCACGACAGUUCUACCCCAAAGUCUCGCCCCGAGACGAGACUUACGACCCCGCGAAGACGACACACAUGAUCCUAUAUGACACAUCGAAGGCGGCCAAGUUGUUGGGGAUCAAGUACCGCUCUAUUGAGGAGGGUACGAAGGACAUGGUCGAGGACUUCAAAGCAAGAGGUUGGAUCUGAAAACGGUCUAGAUGGGAAACGUACGGGUGCCCUGGGACUGUUGUUUUGCAUGUGACCAGCAGCCCAGUUGGAAAUGCAGAGACCACUUAUUCGGGCUGAGUCAAGUGCAACACAGUUUAUUGGGUAUCCAGAUGCAAUACAUGUCACGUAGCCUAUAUGUUCCAGAGGGUAUACAAGAGUUGAGAGUCCCAGAUGCAGACAUAGUUAUGUAUAAAGAUGAAUGGACGAAUUUGUUCAGGCUGCGCAAAUUAUAUGUCAAGAGUACGUCAGCUGAGUAGGACGGGUUACGCACCCAAAGCACUAGAAACAUUCCGUGAAUCAAGGCCGAGGUAUGGGUAUCUUAUCGUUUUCGCAAAGUACAAGUUGGCCAGCGACGAGCUCCGCACAAUAGCUUGUGUGUCCGCAAGUGGGUGGUAUCACUACCUU